AUCAGCUGGAAGUUAUCGACACAUUUUCUGUAAAUACAUCGAUAACUGCGCUUGCAGAGUGAAAAACGUAAAUAAAAGAUAAAAUCAGUGCAAACCAAUGAAAAUCAACCACAAAUAUGAGUUCGACGACGACGUGGCCUCUAUCUGCGAGUCGACGGCCGCACUGACGGAGGGCUGUCGUCUGCCCGUGCGGAUGCACAAAACGGACGACUGGCCACUAGCGGAGAUCGUGAGCAUCAAGGAACUCGACGGGCGACGGCAAUUCUAUGUACAUUAUGUGGACUUCAACAAGCGCCUGGACGAGUGGGUCAACGAGGAGGACCUAUACACGCGCAAGGUACAGUUUCCGCGGCGAGAUGGCUCCCAGACGGGCACCAGCACUGGUGUGACUACGCCGCAGCGUCAUCACUCCCUAGCGGGCAGCGUAUCACGUCCCACGUCACCACAGCACCCCGCUUCUGGUGUUGGAGCUUCUACAGCACUUGCAGCAGGCGGCGCAAUUACUGCCGGCGGGCCGCCAGUCGCGCACGGUGGUGGUGGUGGCAGUGGUAUCAGCGGCGGCCCUGUCACCCCAACACCCAGUACUCCCGGCGGUGGUAGCGGAGAGCUCGUCAACGGCAACAACCUUGCAGCCGCCUUGCAAAAGCGCAUCAAUCGCAAACGGAAGGUGCAUGGUGCCACCGCACACGGACACCAUACACUACAGGCACAGCAGCAUCCGCAUUCGGGGACCGCGCAAACGCCAUCAGCCACAACUGUCGUUACACACGUAACCGGAGACGGACUGAUAAACGCAGCCACUGAGGACGGCGAUGGAUCGCAGGACGGCAAGAUACCGACGCCCAGACAGUCGGGCAGCAUGGUGACGCACCAGGACGAUGUAGUAACGCGCAUGAAGAACGUAGAGAUGAUCGAGCUAGGGCGGCACCGCAUAAAACCCUGGUACUUCUCGCCGUAUCCCCAGGAGCUGUGUCAAAUGCCUUGCAUCUACAUCUGUGAGUUCUGCUUGAAAUACCGGAAGAGCAGAAAGUGCUUGGAGCGGCACCUGUCCAAGUGCAACCUAAGACAUCCGCCGGGCAACGAGAUUUACCGCAAACACACUAUCUCUUUCUUCGAGAUCGACGGGCGGAAGAACAAGGUGUACGCCCAGAAUCUCUGUUUGCUAGCCAAGCUCUUUCUCGACCACAAGACCCUCUACUAUGACACUGAUCCGUUCCUGUUUUACGUAAUGACCGAGUUCGAUUCGCGUGGCUUUCACAUCGUGGGGUACUUCUCCAAGGAAAAGGAGAGCACCGAAGAUUAUAACGUUGCCUGCAUCCUCACCAUGCCGCCAUAUCAGCGCAAGGGCUAUGGCAAGCUGCUUAUCGAGUUCAGCUACGAGCUGUCCAAGUUUGAGGGUAAAACGGGCUCGCCGGAGAAGCCGCUGUCGGAUCUGGGGCUGCUCUCGUACCGAUCUUACUGGGCGCAGACGAUAUUAGAAAUCUUUAUCAGCCAAAACCCGAGCACGGAUGGCGAAAAGCCAACGAUAACAAUCAACGACAUAUGCGAGUGCACCUCGAUUAAGAAGGAGGACGUGAUCUCGACGCUGCAGAACCUGAAUCUGAUAAAUUACUACAAGGGUCAAUACAUAGUGUGCAUCAACCGCGACACCAUCGAGCAGCACCGCCGGGCGAUGGAUAAGCGCAAAAUCCGCAUUGACUCCAAGUGCCUGCACUGGACGCCCAAGGACUGGUCCAAACGUUCCAAGUGAAUGCUACUUACACGCUUAAGCACGUCCAGGAUGGACCUGAAAUAACAUUUGCAGACUUCGUUCUUUAUAAUUGUGUAAAUGCAGGGUAUAAUAAAUGUGUAAAAUAAAAACUCCUCCUCGACCACUA